UAAACAGGAACAGCAACUGAGCCGGUGAUAAUAGAGAGAAUACCUCUGUGUGAGUAACGAUGGAGGAAUACAACUCUGGAGAUGAGCAGGCUGUCUUCAAUGCUGAUGAGGUCAAUAUCUCGGUUAAAGAGUGUAUCGAAGGUGUUAUUGGUGGAACAGAUUACAACCAGAAUAAAGUGAACCAGUGGACGGCCAGUAUAGUUGAGCACUCUCUGACUCACCUGGUGAAGCAAGGACGUCCGUUCAAAUACAUAGUAAACUGUGCGAUCAUGCAGAAGAGUGGUGCCGGUCUCCACACAGCCAACUCCUGCUACUGGGACACAGCCACUGAUGGAAGCUGCACAGUCAGGUGGGAGAAUCGCACCAUGUACUGUGUGGUCAGUGUGUUUGCUGUGGUGCUGUGAGCUGCUCUCUCUCUCUCUCUCUCUCUCUCCCCCUCUGGACACCAUCAUGUCUGACGCUUGAAAUGGCACCGUGACCAAGAAGCCAUGAAGAUCCUCUGAUGUUUCCCUCUGUGUGUGCUACUAACUUAUUUCUCCCCCACGGGGCUUGAACGACGUAACGCUAGAAUAAGAGCUGUGGUUUGUGAGUUGACAGCCUGCGUUCGUUUGAGAGAAAAUGUUGCUUUUGUAGGGACCAAGGACAGAAUGCAGCUCUGAAGCAGUGCUUUGUUUGUAACAUCUGACUGAACGCUAAAAUAG